AUGUUGAGCUUUGUGGAUGACAUCCUGUCUGGGGCCAAGUCUCCGUGUGUGAUGCUUGGGGAUAUCCCUUUCCUCUUGACCUCCUCCAUCAGUAUGAUCAUUCGCUGCCUGGAGCCAGACACCACUUACAUGUAAGUUGCUGUAACAUUAUCAAUGGAUGUUUAUCUAUUGUGUUCGAAAUUAAGAGUUUAUUUCCAAAACGUUAUAUAUCCAUUUUCAGAAAUGUUGGUAAAUUAGCUUUUAUUGUUUUACAGUUGAAACAACAACAAAGUAGGAACCCCGCCUCUGUUCUGAUAAAAAGCUGAGGGAUGGGCCUGGAGAAAUGUAACCACUCUCAGAUUAAUAGACAGAGCUAUGAAUGCAAGGACUGACCAUCCAUGAUAUCAAAUGUAUUGUUUUAACCAUGUUUUGAGGCUAUACAGUAUUUGUUUACAUUUACAGUGUUUACAAACAUUGGAGAAAAAUAAGCUUAUAUUGUGGGAUCUCAUGGGGUUUAUGAAAAGAUAAACAAGGUGCUUGACUCCAUCUUACAGUAUAUCAACUUAAAUUGGGUGCUGGAUCCUCCGUAUAUAAUCCAAAGAACAGAAAUAGGACAGCACUCCGGUAAAUAAACUUACAUUGAAAUAUUUCUAUUGAUGGGGUGUGACAGUUGAACUAAGCUCAUGAGGCAUUUAUAAGUUGUAUUCUUCAAGAAUCAAUGGGUAUAUAUCAUUAAUUUAUAAGUCCAAAACUAUAUGUAGCAACUACAGAUUGCCCCUUUAAAGAAUUUAUGAAAGAGAUUGGUGUGUUUUUUCACUAUCUAAUCAUGUCAUGGAAAUCUUAUCACUUGAUGGUUUAAUUCAAGAGAGAAAUAAUCAUGUUUUUUUGCAAAGCGCUAUAUAUCCACCUCACUCUUAGAGAAAUAAGUAGUACUGCUAGGUUUUACACAGUCAAAUGUAACAAAUAACUACAUACAAACAAAAACUGUACAAAUGAUACAUUUGUGACAUCAAUAGUAUUAUCUUUCUUUAAAUGAAUCAAUACAGUAAUAUGAGAUCUGUAUGUAAAUCAUUUACAUUUUACAGUUUAGUCAUUUAGCAGAUACUCUUAUCCAGAGCGAUUUACAGUUAGUGCAUUCAUCUUAAGAUAGCUAGGUGAGACAACCACAUAUCACAGUCAAUACAGUAUACGAACAUUCCAUUCCAGCUAAACAAUGGCUAUAUACACUAACAGUCAAAGGUUUGGACACACCUACUCAUUCAAGGGUUUUUCUUUAUUUGUACUAUUUUCUACAUUGUAGAAUAAAAGUGAAGACAUCAAAACUAUGAAAUAACACAUAUAUAAUCAUGUAGUAACCUAAAAUGUGUUAAACAAAUCAAAAUAUAUUGGAGAUUUAAGAUUCUUCAAAUAGCCACCCUUUGCCUUGAUGACAGCUUUGCACACUCUUGGCAUUCUCUCAACCAGCUUCACCUGGAAUGCUUUUCCAACAGUCUUGAAGGAGUUCACACAUAUGCUGAGCACUUAUUGGCUGUUUUUCCUUCACUCUGCGGUCCAACUCAUCCCAAACCAUCUCAAUUGGGUUGAGGUCUGGGGAUUGUGGAGGCCAGGUCAUCUGAUGCAGCACUCCAGUUUUGAUGUCUUCACUAUUAUUCUACAAUGUAGAAAAUAGUAAAAAUAAAGAAAAACCCUUGAAUGAAAAAAAACUAAUUUUAAUACCCACCUAAAUAUGUUAAUACAAAAUCUGAGAACAUAAAUAUUUUACACACACAUGAAGGUACCCAUAAGCUAUCAAUUCUGGUGAAAAAACACAAAUGCGAAAAAUUGGUGGAUAUAGCACUUCAAAUGGAAAAUACUCUAUCAUCAUUAUCACCACUCAGAUACAGUGAGGGAAAAAAGUAUUUGAUCCCCUACUGAUUUUGUACAUUUGCCCACUGGCAAAGAAAUUAUCAGUCUAUAAUUUUAAUGGUAGGUUUAUUUGAACAGUGAGAGACAGAAUAACAACAAAAAAAUCCAGACAAACGCAUGUCAAAAAUGUUAUAAAUUGAUUUGCAUUUUAAUGAGGGAAAUAAGUAUUUGACCCCCUCUCAAUCAGAAAGAUUUCUGGCUCCCAGGUGUCUUUUAUACAGGUAACGAGCUGAGAUUAGGAGCACUCUUAAAGGGAGUACUCCUAAUCUCAGCUUGUUACCUGUAUAAAAGACACCUGUCCACAGAAGCAAUCAAUCAAUCAGAUUCCAAACUCUCCACCAUGGCCAAGACCAAAGAGCUCUCCAAGGAUGUCAGGGACAAGAUUGUAGACCUACACAAGGCUGGAAUGGGCUACAAGACCAUCGCCAAGCAGCUUGGUGAGAAGGUGACAACCGUUGGUGCGAUUAUUCGCAAAUGGAAGAAACACAAAAGAACUGUCAAUCUCCCUCGGCCUGGGGCUCCAUGCAAGAUCUCACCUCGUGGAGUUGCAAUGAUCAUGAGAACGGUGAGGAAUCAGCCCAGAACUACACGGGAGGAUCUUGUCAAUGAUCUCAAGGCAGCUGGGACCAUAGUCACCAAAAAAACAAUUGGUAAUACACUACGACUGAAAUCCUGCAGCGCCCGCAAGGUCCCCCUGCUCAAGAAAGCACAUAUACAGGGCCGUCUGAAGUUUGCCAAUGAACAUCUGAAUGAUUCAGAGGAGAACUGGGUGAAAGUGUUGUGGUCAGAUGAGACCAAAAUCGAGCUCUUUGGCAUCAACUCAACUCGCCGUGUUUGGAGGAGGAGGAAUGCUGUCUAUGACCCCAAGAACACCAUCUCCACCGUCAAACAUAGAGGUGGAAACAUUAUGCUAUGGGGGUGUUUUUCUGCUAAGGGGACAGGACAACUUCACCGCAUCAAAGGGACGAUGGACGGGGCCAUGUACCAUCAAAUCUUGGGUGAGAACCUCCUUCCCUCAGCCAGGGCAUUGAAAAUGGGUGGUGGAUGGGUAUUCCAGCAUGACAAUGACCCAAAACACACGGCCAAGGCAACAAAGGAGUCGCUCAAGAAGAAGCACAUUAAGGUCCUGGAGUGGCCUAGCCAGUCUCCAGACCUUAAUCCCAUAGAAAAUCUGUGGAGGGAGCUGAAGGUUCGAGUUGCCAAACGUCAGGCUCGAAACCUUUAUGACUUGGAGAAGAUCUGCAAAGAGGAGUGGGACAAAAUCCCUCCUGAGAUGUGUGCAAACCUGGUGGCCAACUACAAGAAACGUCUGACCUCUGUGAUUGCCAACAAGGGUUUUGCCACCAAGUACUAAGUCAUGUUUUGCAGAGGGGUCAAAUACUUAUUUCCCUCAUUAAAAUGCUAAUCAAUUUAUAACAUUUUUGACAUGCGUUUAUCUGGAUUUUUUUGUUGCUAUUCUGUCUCUCACUGUUCAAAUAAACCUACCAUUAAAAUUAUAGACUGAUCAUGUCUUUGUCAGUGGGCAAACGUACAAAAUCAGCAGGGGAUCAAAUACUUUUUUCCCUCACUGUAAAUACGUAAAAUAUACUUAACUAACUUAACUAAGAUAUCUGAGAAAAAGACAACAACAAAAAAAGGAAAAGGGGAAAUUUAUUCAUUUGAGGAAUUGCACAAUAUGAAGAUUGGUUAAUGGAUAAUAUCAAACUAUCUAGCAAUUCUUCUGAGGGUAAAUGCAGAUCCUGGGAAAGCAUAUUUCCUUGAACUUUUACACCGUGUUACAACACUACUGUGCAUUGCACUGAGGGAAGCCCUGCCCUGGAUGUUCAGUGGAUGUGUACAUACGUGUCGGUGUUAUCCCAUGGAAACACAGUCUACAUGAACAACAUCCAGUUUGUGCAGGGUAGAGCGUGGAAUCACUCCCCAGUCAUGUGUAUGUACUUCUUUAAGGCAAGUGAAGGUUCAAAUUGGGGUGUUUUAAAUAUGCUUCAGACAGCUGGGGAAGUAGCUCAUGCUUUGGAACAGCUGGAAAGUACAUUAACGGAGCACUUCAUGCUAAUAGCAGAAACAAGAAUCACAAGCUCAAGAGAUUAGGUGUGCAGACAAACAUGACAGAGAAAGACCUUGUUCUUGACAAAAUGUGCACUAUUUGAGAUAUUAUUUCAAUAUACAUAUUUUUCUUUUUUUUAAAUCACAAAAUUCAACAUUUACCCUGCAUUUACAGUGCCUACGGAGAGUAUUCAGACCCCUUGACUUUUUCCACAUUUUGUUAGAUUACAGCCUUAUUCAAAAAUGUAUUAAAUCAAUACCCCAUAAUGACAAAGCAAAAACAGGUUUUUAGAAAUGUUUGCUAAUUUAUUAAAAAUAAAAAACUGAUAUAACAUUUAUAUAAGUAUUCAGACCCUUUACUCAGUACUUUGUUGACGCACCUUUGGCAGCAAUUACAGCCUCGAGUCUUCUUGGGUAUGACGCUACAAGCUUGGCACACCUGUAUUUGGGGAGUUUCUCACAUUCUUCUCUGCAGAUCCUCUCAAGCUCUGUCAAGUUGGAUGGGGAGUGUUGCUGCACAGCUAUUUUCAGGUCUCUCCAGAGAUGUUCGAUCGGGUUCAAGUCCGGACUCUGGCUGGGCCACUCAAGGAUAUUCAGAGACUUGUCCCGAAAUCUCUCCUGUGUUGUUCUGGUUGUGUUCUUAGGGUCAUUGUCCUGUUGGAAGGUGAACCUUCGCCCCAGUCUGAGGGUCCUGAGCACUCUGGAGCAGGUUUUCAUCAAGGAUCUCUCUGGACUUUGCUCCGUUCAUCUUUCCCCUCUGUCCUGACUAGUCUCCCAGUCCCUGCUGCUGAAAAACACCCCCACAGCAUGAUUCUGCCACCACCAUGCUUCACCGUAGGGAUGGUGCCAGGUUUCCUUCAGACGUGACGCUUGGCAUUCAGGCCAAAGAGUUCAAUCUCGUUUUCAUCAGACCAGAGAAUCUUGUUUCUCGUGGUCUGAGAGUCUUUAGGUGCCUUUUGGCAAACUCCAAGCGGGCUGUCAUGUGCCUUUUACUGUGGAGUGGCUUCUGUCUGGCCACUGAUUGGUGGAGUGCUGCAGAGAUGGUUGUCCUUCUGGAAGGUUCUCCCAUCUCCACAGAGGAACUCUAGAGCUCUGUCAGAGUGACCAUCCGGUUCUUGGUCACCUCCCUGACAAAGGCCCUUCUUCCCCGAUUGCUCAGUUUGGCUGGGCGGCCAGCUCUAGGAAGAGUCUGGGUCGUUCCAAACUUCUUCCAUUGUGUUCACUGUGUUCUUGGGGAUCUUCAGUGCUGCAGAAAUGUGUUGUUACCCUUCCCCGGAUCUGUGCCUCGGCACAAUCCUGUCUCGGAGCUCUACGGACAAUUACUUCGACCUCAUGGCUUUGUUUUUGUUCUGACAUGCACUGUCAACUGUGGGACCUUAUAUAGACAGGUGUGUGCCUUUCCAAAUCAUGUCCAAUCAAUUGCAUUUACCACAGGUAACUCCACAUGUGUCAAUCAAGUUGUAGAAACAUCUCAAGGAUGAGCUCAAUUUCGAGCCUCAUAGCAAAGGGUCUGAAUACUUAAAUAAGGUAUUUCUGUUUUUAGUUUUUAAUACAUUUGGAAAUGUUUCUAAAAACCUGUUUUUGCUUUGACAUUAUGGGGUAUUGUGUGUAGAUUUCUGAGGAUUAUUAUUUUUUACAUCCAUUUUAGAAUAAGGCUGUAACGUAACAAAAUGUGGAAAUAGUCAAGGUGUCGGAAUACUUUCCGAAGGCACUGUAUAUUAUAAUGACUUCUAAUGUUUAUAAAUAGCUCAAUAAUAAACCCUAUGACGAACUAUUUGAGAGGUCUUGUGCAUUUUCACCUGAAAAUAGGGGGGGAAAUUAUAUCGUUGAAGUCGAUAUUAGGAAGAAUCAAUUCACUUUCCGGGAAACAUGUGUUGUGACAUGACUUACAUUAUUGUGAUGACUAUUAUUUAUUGAAUAAUUACCUACUAUGUUUAAUUGUUACUAGAUUAAAUUAAUCAUGUAACAAUUAACUCAUUAGGAAUUAACGAGUUAACGUUUCCCGAAUUAACUCUAAAGAUAUCUAGAUAUCUCUUAUCAUUUAACAGUCAAUUAUUAAUCAUUUACCUCAUAUCAGUCUCAUUCUGAAAUUCGUAGGCAAUUUAAGUCUGCACAAACCCGGGUCUUACUGAUCAUUCCGUACCACACAAAUUCAUUAAAUUAUUUAUUUACUAACUAAUUUAAAAUGAUAACACAAGAUACAAACACGUACACAGUAUAGGUAGGGAUUAGAAACGUAUUACAAUGAGAAAAAUCACAUUCCUAUCUUCACGAAAACAUUGUCUUCCUCCUUGGUAUUUUCUACACAACGUAAAAGAUGUAAACCUGAUAUACACAGUGUAAAAGCUCUUCAAGUCACAAUGUUUUCGUUAUAACGCCUUUAUACCAUUUUUAAUGACAUCACAAAAUAUACAUUAAUUUUCCAUAUUCCAUUUCUCAUUAUUCUCAACGUUUGGAUGUUGAAAUAUAUUGUCCCAAUGUUCAUUGUUGGAUGUUGAAGUUUUUGGGCAGCAAAAAGUAUCUGAAACAAAGGCAUUCCUUUCACCAUACUAGAAUGCCAGAGAUAGAUUAUCCUCCUCUCUAAUUUAUGGCAGUAUUAACGUGUCAGGACCGGCACAGCCCCCUGUGGGUAAGAGGGUCUGGUUGUUGUCGGCCAUUUGCCAAACUGAUGUGAGGCCUUUGAUCCUCACCCAGGGAGAAUCCUGACACGUGUGGAGUUAAGUGAGGUCAUUGCCAGGUGUAAUGAAAGCAGUUUAUGGUUAUUCUGUUUCUGUGCUACUGGACAUUACAGUCUGUAUUGCUCCGGUGGUUGUAGUAACGCAAGAUGAUAUUGUGGUGAUGUAAACUCACCCCUGAGGAAGUCCCAUAUGAGGUCAAUGUUGUGCUGCCGUGGUGGCCAGUGUGUAAUAACCGCAUGGAACGCUUGACUGUGUGUUUAGGGUCAGUCGGUGUAAUGAAUUGGGCCAUGCUCUGAGAGUUAUAAGUUCCUCCGGCACCCCUCCACCUCCCCCCUCCCUCCUCUGGCACUCACACUCAGCUCCCUAACUCCACACAUGCAGCCACUUACCUCACACACGCUCCAUAAAUGGGGUAGACACACUGAAAAGAUUACACAAAGGAGGAAGGGAGAAAAAACCCUCAGAUUUAGCACGUUGUCUCUUAGAAUGGUUCUGAUGUAUAGGAAUAGGAAUAUCCCAACCUAAAACAUAUGCACUUUAUCUUUACAUCAUUUAGCUUCUGGUCAAUCUCCUUUGUUGGCAGGCUAUUCAGCACAGUUGUUACAACACGAAAAUUCAGUUAUUUUCAAAAUAUUUCCUUUUAUCAUUACAUCUCUGUAUGCCUGUGCUGUACAGUUAGUGAAACACUUGAUUACUUCUUCAGAAUAUCUGUUCAAGUGUAUCGCAAAAUCUUUCAGUUCAGCUUUGAGAAUUUAAAAUACCAGCUCUGUAGGUUCCAAAAAGGAAAGCUAAUUUUAAACAUUACUUUAGUUAUCUUAUUGUCUUUACACCAGACAAUGACCUCAGUGCCUUAUUGGUCAAGCUGUAUUGUAUUGUAUUCAUAACCAUGGAUACAUACAGUAAAUGUAUUUGGGUAGACACAAUACAGUAUUUCUCAGAUACCACUGCAGGUGGUAGUUGUUCAUGUUUUCCUUCCACUAGAUGGCGAUAUACUUCAAGUAAAUGUUAACAACCACGCACUUGAUUAGUAAAUGUAUCCUAUUGUCAGAUUUUUAUUAGCAGUUCUAUCACAUUACAACAGUCAAUCAGAAAAUGUAAUGAUUUUGUCACAAUAACAUUGAAUGCAUCUAAUAUCCACCACUUAAUUCAGGGUCAUUUUCAUUUGUCUUUUCAAAGCCUGAAACACUAGUUAGCAGUUGCACACAUUAUUGCAGUAGCAUGCACUCCCAUUGCAUUGAACUAACACUAGUCAUAUGUCUUGGUCUACAGGUUUAGGCUCUGGGCAGUGGACAAUACAGGCCGUCGCUCCAGCCCUAGUGAGGUCACCAUCAAGACCCCCUGCCCUGCUGUGGAUGACGUCAAAGCACAAGGUGGGCUUUCUCAUGCAUGGAUGGACAGUUUCUGUAUCUGUAUCUUGGUUUUUAGACUAAUAUUCUAACAGUAGUUACUCAUCUGAAAACUUGUAGAGACACACGUCUUGUCUCCACAUACAGUACUGAGAUCAGAUCUAUGUUGUUGCAGAAAUUUCAGACAAGAUCUACAACUUGUUCAAUGGUUACACAAGUGGCAAGGAGCAGCAGACAGCCUACAAUACGCUGAUGGAACUGGGCUCUCCCACCCUGCACCGUGUGCUCUAUCACUACAACCAGCGUUACGAGAGCUUCGGAGAGUUCACCUGGAGAUGCGAGGACGAACUGGGGCCCAGGUAUCUACACUCUCUCUCUCUCAGUCCAAGAAUAUCAUGGCAUAUUGGUUAGGAAAGCACAACUACCGCCCGCCAAACUGUCUAGUAGCAUCACAGUCCUUCCCUACCUGGGUGGUUAUUGAGACUCUUGACAUUUUAAGUCAUUUUGGAUGUUUUAAACACAGACUGGUCUAUAAUAGAUUCCAAAUACAGGCUUUGAUUGUAGACAUAGUUUGCGUAAAUUGGGUAAAGUGGAAAUUCAUUCAAACUGAUUAGAGCCAAUUCUACCUCUGACAUCCGUCUGUCAAUUUACCACAAGCAGGAAGACCCCCUAUCCCCUUACUGGUUACUCAGUGCAGAUAAGUAUUAUAAUGUGAAAUUGUAGCUAAAUGUUUUAUAAACAGACCCAUGUGUCCGAAAUAAAAUGUAUACGUACAGUUGCUGGUAGAUGCACGGUGAAGCAGGUGAAACUGAUUAAAACGUCUUUGACUACAAACUCCGAAUCAGGGCCUUAGUUUCAAAUUAAAGGUUGUUUUUAAUCGAGCCCAUAUUGGAAGGGUUGAUGUAAUUGGUUUGCUUCUGAAGUGUUCCAUUAAAAUACACUUACAUUAACAGCCCCCAAUUUUCAGAGGGAUGAUUCAUGUCAAGAAGCACCAAAGUAACUACAUUUGAGGUGAGGGUCGGGGGACUAUAAACAUGGGUUUAGAUUAACCUAGUAAUCAAUUGGACAUUAUCUCGCUAAACACCAUUAUAGUGUUACGGAGGGUGGCUGCACUGGCUGGGUCAUUCCACAAAAAGAGUGCCUUUUGUGUCCCUUUUAUAUUUUAAGUAGAAAUUGUGCACCAAUAUUGAAUUUUAAAAGCCUGUUAUAUUAAAUGUAGUGCCCUUUAAUAUAGACCACAUGGAAUAAAGACUUGCUAAAGUGCCACACUUCAUCAUUUUCACAUGUCUCUCUGUCAACCAUGUGUCACUUCUAGGAAGAUUUCAACCAGUGGAGGUUCCUCAGAGGAGGAAAGGGAGGACCAUUCUCCUCAGUGAAUUUCAUAAAAAUAAAAAUUGUGAAGCAUUAAAAAAGUUAUCCUUUUUAUAUAAAACAGUACUAAAUAUAUUAAUGUCACCAAAUAAUUCAUUAAAACACACUGUUUUGCAAUGAAGGUCUACAGUACCCUCAACAGUACUCUGUAGGGUAACACCAUGGUGUAGCCAGAGGACAGCUAGCUUCUGUCCUCCUCUGGGUACAAUGACUUCAAUACAAAACCUAGGAAGCUGAUGGUUCUCACCCCCUUCCAUAGAAUUACACAGUAAUUAUGACAACUUGCGGAGGAAAUCCUCCAACCUAUCAGAGCUCUUGCAGCAUAAACUGACAUGUUGUCCACCAAAGUAUCAGAGAAUGACUCUAGUACUGAAAGCAUAAACUACAGCUAGCUAGCACUGCAGUGCAUAUAAUGUGGUGAGUAGUUGUCUCAAACAAUAGUUGAACAGUUUUGAACAGAUUAAUUUCUUCCAAAAUUAAGGAGAAGCAAGAGAGCGAGAGAGAGAGCGAGAGAGCUAUAUUUCAUAGUAUAUAUUUUUUCACUUUCACUUACUGAGCUAACGUCAAAUGCAGCUAGCUAGUUUGGCCAACUCAAAAACCCGGUUCAAACAGAGAGGGAUGCUAUGUUAGCUAGCUGGUUAUGGCUAUCCAACACUGGAACUCUUCCAAGUCAAGGUAAGCUUUUGGUUUUAUUAAUUUAUUGCCACCAGAGCCCACCAGUGUAACUGCUAAACUGUUUGCUGCUGACUGUACACUGUACUGCAUGAUUGUAGCGGGUUUAAUAACGCGUUAGUUCUAGUAGCUAUGUUGACUAUUACGUGACAACGAUGUAGGCUGUGUGUAGCGGUUAGCGGUCAUGAUAUGAAGGUUUGGCUUGGAAAGGUUUUUUUGCCAGGUCACAGACAGGUGAUGUGUUGUGCGCUGAAGUCCACAAGUGAAGAGAAAAGGUGAGAGGAGGAGAGCGCGUAGAUAAAUACCUACCUUUUAAGUUGCUCCAUACUUUAAGACUAUUGUUAGCUUGUUAGCAUGUACGGCAGGAUUUUCCAUAUUGUUAUGGUGUGUUGUGAUUGUGUAAGCCUGCUGUCUCAGGAAAUGUCAUUGUGCUAUAGGUGUUACUGAAGAGAUGUAUUCGUAAUGUAAUCUUUAGAAUUAGAAUAAGAAUAACAUGAUUAGACACAGUUUGCAAUGGACCUUAUGUGUUGGGUGCGUUGCCCUUGUAGCUUUAUUGGAGAUCCCCCAUCACUUGUUUGCUUGUUCCAUACCCCCUGCCUCUCUAGCAGUUCUGAAAGGAAAAAUGUACAAUUUGAAUCAAAACAAUGAGAUUUUGGUUUCCACACACACCAAUACAAAGCAUACAACAUCGCCUGUAACAGGGCUUGUCUCCAGAAAUUACUUUCCUUGUUAUGAAAUCCUCCAAUUCACUGGGGUUACCCUGUCACAAACAAUGUGGACCAUUUAAAUGCAAUUUUCAUUAGCUAGUCAAAAUACAGAUAAUAGUCACCCGCUCGGCCCCUGACUAAAUGUAAACUUGUUUCAGCAGAGUAAACAAUGUGUUAAAAUAAACUGGUGAAGCAAUGGAUCUAUCUUUAUAAAGCAUGGGAAAUAUUCCACUCCCGGCUUUUGUACGUAUCAUAUCUCACUGACGAGUUAGGUUGGUCCCUGUCAGAGAACGUUCUUGUUUCUUUUUCCUGCAUAAUCGUGUGAUGUUCAAGCCAAACAAACUGACAAAGUCUGUCUCCCGAGCCCGACACUUCUCUCCAUGUCCCGAUCUUGUCAUCACUACAGGACUACCCAUCGCUAAAGGCAUGAGGCUGGUUGUUGACUUAGAAAUGUUAGAUGUUGGCUUGGUAGGAGAAAAUCUUUAUUGAGGCUGCUUGUUGACUUAGAAAUGUUAGAUGUUGGCUUGGUAGGAGAAGACCGUUAUUUUUAUGACACAUCCUAAUCAGGCAAUUGCCUGCGAUGUUAAGUAUUGUUAUGGUUAGAUUUCACUUGAUGACAUGAUAAGUGGAGCUCAUGUUGUUGUGAUUUUUCAUUUUUCUGUUUAAAAGGGCCUAAUUUCAUCAAGGCUGUUUAGAAGAUAUAGGGAUUUUCCUCAGACAUUACCACAAUUACUCUUCCAUUAGCUCAUGUUGUGGACUUUCUUACCAACAGAUAUACCCCAUUGUAAUGAGUACUCAGGGAGAAAAAAGGUGUAGAUUCACACGCAGAGCGCGGCUGGUGUUUAUUUAGCCUUCGCAGAAGGCAGGAAUCGUGGUCACAGGCAGGCAAACAGGCAGGAGAAUCAAAAACUAGGACUGAAGGCUAUAACUGGUUCUAACAAACGAGCUAGGAAAAUACUUAGUAGUCAAAACGAACAAUACCUCACAAGGCACAAACAGAAUGAACUGAACUAAAUAAGGAGCUGAUGAGUAACUAACACAGGUGAAAUCAAUGAACAAAAAUGAAAGACAGGGCUACGUUCAAGAACACAAAGAAACAGGGCUACGUUCAAGAACACAAGGAUGACUAAGAAAAAUAAAUACAGAACCUUACACCGAUAUCUGGUUGUUGGGAAUGGACGGCAAUGCAUGUGCUAGUACUGUACCAUGAAAGUCCAACAGUUUACUUUCAUGCAACACAUGAAAUUGCAUGCAUUCAUAAAAUACAUUUAAAUGGACAAUAAAGUUAUAAUAUCACAUCAUAUCGUGUAUCUGUGUAACACAGAGACAGAGUCGUCAUAGUGGUGGUUUCCUAGCAUCAUGGAGGCUCUCUUGAUCCAGUCCCUGGUCUUUGUGACUGUGGCUGUCUGAGGAAUGCAGCUGAUUGUUUCCUCUCCGAUCAGUGAAAAGCAGUGAAGUCAAGGAGAUUUGAAAGAGGGGCCCUGACAGAGUGAGAUAUCUCCAAAAUGUACCUUGGAAAUGUGAGGCCAUUUUCCACUUCUAGUCAUGCUGGGAUUUAUGGUGACAACCGUUGCUAUUUGGAGCCCAAAUAGUUAUUUAUUGGAACAUGUAAGCAUAACAAACCUCAAGGUUUUUGUUUUAAGCAAAUAAACAUCCAAAUUCCUUAAAACACUGAAAUGUGGCAAGGUAUUAGAAAAAAAAUACUGUAGCGACACGCUUGGACAGUUGUGUGGUUUCACGGGGUCCAGCAUGCCAGUCUCCCUACUGUCUGCCAAUCAAGGUAAUGCCUGGAAUGUGUCAGUGCCAGGCAUCCUUGUGGUUGGUGGAACAGCGGGGGGCUGGACACUACAUGUCUGGUAUAUUGCCAUGCUUGCAUUGUUAUCCCUCUUUUCAUGUCCCGACAGUGAGUUGAAUACCUGUUAUUGUUAUAUCAGAUUUAUUUGCCGUAGGCUACAGCCAGACAGUAGCCUGUGUGAGUUCUGGGUUAAUCAACCGUUCAUUUCGAGAACUAGGGAACUGUUGUUGACAUUCUCUCAUUUAUGAUCUAUCGAGGUCAUUACAAUACAUUUUUGAAGAAUUAUAGAAAUGACAGCAUCCCUACUACAGACACACUGAUUAUUUAGUAAAGACUCUAUGUCUGUGAAUUUUUACAUCGUUCAAAGUUAUAUUAUUUUCUCAAGAGUUCUCUGCAGAUGAUAAAUUGUGGGUAUUUAAGCUGUUGUUCUGCCCUAUUUGACUAGCAUCUGCAAAUGGGAUGUUGCUUAGUGUCUCUAUGUAAACAUAACAUAGGCUACAGACCAGAUGAGGCUGGUGGGAGGAACUAUAGGAGGACGGGUUCAAUGGUUGGAAUGGAAUCAAUGUUGUUUCCAUGUGUUUGAUGUGUUUGGUACCAUUCCAUUGAUUCUAUUCCAGCCAUUACAAUGAGCCUGUCCUCCUAUAGCUCCUCCCACCACCCUCCUCUGCAACAGACAUAGUAGUAUCCACUAUUCAAGAAAUAACUUAUGAACCUGCCCCUACUUUGAAAUACAAAAUCUAAAUAUGAGGAUGAAUAAUAAUACAGUCACCGCUUAGCUUUCCCCUAUUGAAUGCAAAUACAUGGAAUUCUGACACUCCAUUACAGUAUGUCCAUGAAACAGUGAUAUUGUCCUUUUUUUGGAAAGUCUCACCCUGUGACACUUAAAGCACACUAACAAGCUGUCCUCAUUCCACACUGUGUCUGGUCUAACAACAAAACAAUGAGUCAAUCAGAUGAGUCACAAUGAUUAGCAAGUUAAGAGGUACAGUAUGUCCGAAAACAUUGGAUUCUGUGGAUAUUCUUAGGAAUGCUUUGAAUGUAGGAGUUGGGAGGGAUGACAGUAUUAAGAGAGAAUAAUGUGCUUUUCAUUAAUAACAGAGUAUGAGUCUACCCCAAAACGUCUUGUGUGUCGACAAAAAUGUCUCACUAUUUACAUUGCAGUUUGGUGGUCCUGGUUUGGCCAGUGAGUGAGGUGAAGCCAUGUCUGAGGAUUGAGACACUCUUUCCAUCCUGUACAGUUACUGUUUCUGUCAGCCACUUAUCCUGGAGACAGCUUCAUAACUUUCAGUGGCUGCGUUUACACAGGCAGCCCAAUUCAAAUAUUUUUUACGAAAAAUUGGUAUUUUGACCAAUCACAUCAGAUCCUUUCACGUCAGAUAUUUUUCAGAGCUGAUCUGAUUUGUCAAAAGACCAAUUUGUGAAAGAAAUAUCAGAGUUGGACCACCUGUGUAAAUGCAGCCAAUGUCGUCACUGUUAUCUGAACAUGGGUAGACCCUGUACAGGUUAUGAAAUGGAUGAAUAAAAGUAAACUAUUGACCUUAGAAGUUAAUCAAUUAUUUAUUCCACCUCAUGCCCAGUCUCCUCCUGCAGGGAAGAUGUGUAUUGUGAUGUAGUGUAAAAAUAAUGGUGAUGACGCAACGUGUGAUUUAUGAGUGACCUGCUCUAUCCAACGUUUGAUUUGCAUCGUUUAAGGUGAGAACACGAAAUACUCAGAUUUGAACUCAACCCAGACAGAAUUCCAUAAUUUGUAUAUUAGGUAUUUCCAUCAAUCUUACUUUUUCUUCUUGUUCUUUUGAGAUAAUUCUACAAGAAAUUCGAGAUCCACAAUAGGCGAAAGAGCGCUACUGGCCGCCCCCAGGCGCAUUUGUUAUUGUUUUUGUUUUGAGUAUAUACAGUUCCUUGCAAAAGUAUUAAUCCCCCUUGGCGUUUUUCCUAUUUUGUUGCAUUACAACCUGUAAUUUAAAUUGAUUUUUAUUUGGAUUUCAUGUAAUGGACAGACACAAAAUAGUCCAGAUUGGUGAAGUGAAAUGAAAAAAAUUACUUGUUUCCAAAAAUUAUACAAAAUAAAUAAUGGAAAAGUGGUGCAUGCAUAUGUAUUCACCCCCUUUGCUAUGAAGACCCUAAAUAAGAUCUGGUGCAACCAAUUACCUUCAGAAGUCACAUAAUUAGUUAAAUAAAGUCCACCUGUGUGCAAUCUAAGUGUCACAUGAUCUCAGUAUAUAUACUGAAAGGCCCCAGAGUCUGCAACACCACUAAGCAAGGGGCACCACCAAGCAAGCGGCACCAUGAAGACCAAGGAGCUCUCCAAACAGGUCAGGGACAAAGUUGUGGAGAAGUACAGAUCAGGGUUGGGUUAUAUAAAAAUAUCAGAAACUUUGAACAUCCCACGGAGCACCAUUAAAUCCAUUAUUUAAAAAUGGAAAGAAUAUGUCACCACAACAAACCUGCCAAGAGAGGGCUGCCCACCACAACUCACGGACCAGGCAAGGAGGGCAUUAAUCAGAGAGGCAACAAAGAGACCAAAGAUAACCCUGAAGGAGCUGCAAAGCUCCACAGCGUAGAUUGGAGUAUCUGUCCAUUGGACCACUUUAAGCCGUACACUUCACAGAGCUGGGCUUUACGGAAGAGUGGCCAGAAAAAAGCCAUUGCUUAAAGAAAAAAAUAAGCAAACACGUUUGGUGUUUGCCAAAAGGCAUGUGGGAGACUCCCCAAACAUAUGGAAGAAGGUACUCUGGUCAGAUGAGACUAAAAUUGAGCUUUUUGGCCAUCAAGGAAAACGCUAUGUCGGGUCGCAAACCCAACACCUCUCAUCAUCCCGAGAACACCAUCCUCACAGCAUGAUGCUGCCACCACCAUGCUUCACUGUGGGGAUGUUUUUCAUCGGCAGGGACUGGGAAACUGGUCAGAAUUUAAGGAAUGAUGGAUGGCACUAAAUACAGGGAAAUUCUUGAGGGAAACCUGUUUCAGUCUUCCAGAGAUUUGAGACUGGGACAGAGGUUAGGUUCACCUUCCAGCUGGACAAUGACCCUAAGUAUACUGCUAAAGCAACACUCAAGUGAUUUAAGGGGAAACAUUUAAAUGUCUUGGAAUGGCCUAGUCAAAGCCCAGACCAAAAUCCAAUUGAGAUUCUGUGGUAUGACUUAAAGAUUGCUGUACACCAGUGGAACCCAUCCAACUUGAAGGAGCUGGAGCAGUUUUGCCUUGAAGAAUUGGCAAAAAUCCCAGUGGCUAGAUGUGCCAAGCUUAUAGAGACAUACCCCAAGAGACUUGCAACUGUAAUUGCUGCAAAAGGUGGCUCUACAAUGUAUUGACUUUGGGGGGGUGAAUACUUAUGCAUGCUCAAGUUUUCUAUUUUUUUGUCUUAUUUCUUGUUUGUUUCACACAUUUUUUUAUUUAGCAUCUUCAAAGUGGUAGGCAUGUUGUGUAAAUCAAAUGAUACAAACCCCCCAAAAAUCAAUUUUAAUUCCAGGUUGUAAGGCAACAAAAUAGGAAAAAUGCCAAGGGGGUGAAUACUUUCGCAAGCCACUGUAAGCAUCCAGCAUCGUGGUAAAAAAGAAUCGUAGUACAUACACUGCUGUGCGUGUAAUGAUGUGCAAUGAUAUCAGACGGGAAAAAACAGUGUUUGUUGUUUGAAGUAACGUCUUUGUUGUUGUAAUAUUGCAAACUGUUGUGGAAGUUUCACCCACCCAUAGAUAUAGGUUUCACCGCUAUGGAUUCUAGCUUUAAGACAUUUUAUUUUGUGUUAUGUACUGUUUGUCCUUAGAAACAAUUUGAUUUGAGGUAAAUUAUGUAUAUUAAUAAUGUGUUAACAAUCAUUAUGUCAUAAUUACCAAUAGUUAUCCAUGGUAAGACACCUGUACAUUUCAUGCCUAUACUAUGUAGCACUGUGGCAGGUGCAAUGGACCGUAGACUUCCAUUCAAUACUUUCAUUCAAUACUUAAAGUAGUUUGCUGAGGAGUGUUGUUUUGUGUUGUGUUCCUUUGCAGGAAAGCAGGUCUGUUCGAACCCUAAUCACCAUUAUUGGAACCUGAUUUCAAGGUAGUGUGUGUUUGCUGAGGAGUGUUGUGUUCUUUUGCAGGAAAGCUGGUCUGAUUCUCUCCCAGCUGGAUGACCUGAGUGGCUGGUGCAGGGGUCUUCUCCAGGAGCCCAAGAUUGGCCUGCGCAGGAUGUCCCUCAAGUACCUGUCCUGCCGCUACACAGACACCAAGGCCUUUGGUCUCAACUGGGUAGACCUGGGUCAGGAUGUGCGAAAGGCCUGCGACGAACAGAACCUGCCUGUCAUGUACAAUGAUUAUGGGGAGCCCAAAGAGCGUUGA